GAAGGGUAUGCCCUGCGAACUUCGACUUCCACUAUUCACAUUUCUCGGAAGCUUCAAUCUAAAUUACUUCAUCAAACUAAUAAAAGAAGUUGAACUCAUUUCCAUGUUUAGCUCAAUUUGCUAAUCUCAAAGAAGAGACGAUUCAUCAUCGAUCUCCACAAUGCCACCAUCAUCUUGCAGCGUUGAUUCCAGAGCCUGCUUAAUGCUUCUCUCUACUGCCUAUCUUUGCUUGCUACUACAAGUGAUCCAUACCACCACAGCCAGCCCUUCGUUUCGUUACAAUUUCUGUGGCACAAACACAACCGAGUUCUCCCCAAACAGCACCUACCAAUCCAAUCUCAAUCUCCUCCUCUCUUCUCUUUCUUCCCCAAAUGCUACCCUCAACAGCGGUUACCGGAACUUCACCAUCAAUAGUGGCAGCCAGGACACUUCCAGCCCCAUCUACGGCAACUUUCUCUGUCGAGGCGACAUCGGUGCCACCAGCGAGUGUGGAGAAUGCGUGACGACCGCGAGUAGUGAGAUAGUCCGGCGGUGUCCAAGAGUGAGAACGGCAAUAAUUUGGUACGAUGAGUGCAUGUUGCGCUACUCCAACAUAUCUUUCUUCUCCACAAUGGAUGAAGCACCAAGGGUGUUUCUUUGGAAUAUAGGGAACAUCACAGAGUCGAGUCGGUUUUCGGAGUUGUUGGCAGACACCAUGAAUGAGAUAGCAACACGCGCUAUGGUCGAUCAAUCUACUCCCGAGAAGUUUGCGACUAAGAAAGUCAGCUUCACGGGGUUUCAAACGUUGUACAGCCUUGUCCAGUGCACGCCGGAUCUCUCUUCCGACGAUUGCAACCGAUGCCUGCAUGUAGCUAUUGGGGAUCUUCCACGUUGCUGCAGUGGAAAGCAAGGGGGAAGGGUUUUGCUUCCGAGUUGCAACGUAAGGUACGAAGUUUACCCAUUUUAUAACGAGAGUCUAGGCGCAGCACCAACACCUGCACCAUCCCUUCGCCCUCCUCCCCCUGGGUUUGUAUCAACUCCUACAGAAAAAAAUAAUAUUUCAUCCAAAACAAUUAUCGCCAUUGUUGCUCCAAUAGGUGUUUGUGCGCUGCUUUUCUCUUUAUUAUACUAUAUUUGGUGUAAGAAACCAAAGAAGAAAAGCAAGCUUGUACAUCAAGAAAGUGGGAGUGAAAUUGCUACAAUAGAGUCCCUGCAAGUUGACUUUGCUACAAUUAAAGCUGCUACAAAUAACUUCUCUAAUGAUAACAAGAUUGGUGAAGGGGGAUUUGGCGUAGUCUACAAGGGUGCACUUCCUGAUGGGCAAGAAAUAGCUAUAAAGAGGCUAUCUAAAGCCUCUCGGCAAGGUGUAGAAGAAUUUAAGAAUGAGGUUGUAUUGUUGGCCAAGCUACAACAUAGAAAUCUAGUGAGACUAUUGGGAUUUUGCUUGGAAGGAGAAGAAAAGAUACUCGUUUAUGAAUUUGUUCCUAAUAAAAGCCUCGACAAUUUUCUAUUUGAUCCUGAAAAGCAAGGACUAUUGGAUUGGUCCAAACGUUACAAGAUUAUUGGAGAAAUCGCUCGAGGGCUUCUUUAUCUUCAUGCAGAUUCUCGACUUAGAAUUGUACAUCGUGAUCUCAAAGCUAGCAAUAUUUUGUUGGAUGGGGGUAUGAAUGCAAAAAUUUCAGAUUUUGGUAUGGCAAGAAUAUUUGGUGCAGACCAAACUCAAGGAAGUACGACAAACGUUGUGGGAACAUAUGGUUACAUGCCUCCAGAGUAUGCCAUACAUGGGCAUUUCUCCGUGAAGUCUGAUGUGUACAGUUUUGGAGUCUUAAUUUUGGAGAUCGUAAGUGGCAAGAAGAUAAGUUAUUUUGAUCAGGGGGACUGCAUUGAGGACCUCAUAAGCUACGCCUGGAAACUAUGGAGGGAUGGCGUGCCCUUGGAGUUGUUGGAUCCAACAUUGAGAGAAACUUACUCAAGAAACGAAGUCCUUAGAUGCAUCCAUAUCGGUUUACUAUGCGUUCAAGAAGAUGUUGCAGCUAGACCCACGAUGGAAUCAGUAGUUCUUGUGCUCGGUAGCCUCACUGUUACUCUACCAUUGCCUCAGCAACCUGCAUUCAUUCCUCAUAGUAUGACACAGCCAGGAUCGCUCGCUAUAACGGAUGCAGAGUCGGAUCAAUCAAAGAGCAAGACCAUGCCAUGCUCUGUAAACGAAGCUUCAAUUACAGAACCCUAUCCCCGUUAAUAAAGUGCAAUUAGGAAUAAUGAUGUCUAAAAUUUAAGUGCUCUAAUAAAUAAAUGUAUAUUUAAGUUCAUAGUCGUAGCUAGCAAGUUUGUAAUAUUUGCUCUUUUGUAAUACUUGCUCAUAUGUGUAAAUGGCAAUAAUUUGAAAUUUAAAAAAAAGAAGAAGAAGUAAUGUAUGUAUGUAUGUACAUAUUCUACGUUAUUCUAAAAGUCAAAAUUCCUUUU